CAUUUUGAGGUGCCUCUCGCACAUCAGCACAUCACAUGCACGUGAUUGAGGUGCCUCUCGCCCUCAAGGAAAGGAGGAAAAGGAAAAAAGCAGCACAGUCACUCACUCACCCACUCUCCCCGCCCCGCCGCUUCGCUUAACCAAACACAACUACAUCAACACUCACUCCACUUGUCACUUCGGUUCAGAUUUUUCUGAAUCUGCCCCAUGCGUGGGGUGCGACCAGCACUGGCAUGCCCUUGUCAAACAUCGUACGCACUAAAUCAACCUGGACUAGACCUGCAACCAACGAGCCAACCAUCCAACCAUCCAGCCAGCCACAGUGCAGACAGAAGAAAACGGUCAUGAGUGUGGUCCUGUCGUCCUGUCGUCCUGUGCUUACGUUCCGACGCUUUGAUGAUUUGUCUGUGCGUCUGUUGAGACGGCAGCCCUCGCCGAUCCGCCGCCACAAAGGGUUCAACUGAUCCAGGACAGACCGAGAUGCACCCACGGAUGAUGGACGGACGUCGCAUGCGUCGCCUGGAGGGAUGGAAGCUAAGCUGCUUACGGCGUGUUGCAGGUAGUGUAUCCAGGUGUCUUCCUCCCAAUACUCGAUGUGCUCGAAGAAGACAAAGGUGCCAUUGGGCCGCAACACACGCUCCAACUCUGAUACCUGAUGCUGACAUGACACACACCAACAGACACAUCGCCUACACAUCCACACGUCCAGUCCACCAGUGGGCCAGGGCACCUUGAGGUGUGACACGGAGCACAGCACGUGCAGUGACACGACGGCAUCGAAGCUUUCGUCAGCAUAGCCACUCAGCGACACAUUGGAUGACAGAUGCACACGAGCCGCGGGCACCCCUGCACGCCAAGCCACGCUCCGUCCGCAUUCGUGAUCGAGUCGCUUGUGUGUGUAUCUGCUCGCUUACCCCUUUCUCGGGCUCGUGCUUGGAAUGUGUCCCAGAAGAAACGAUUUGGCUCGAUGCCCACGUACUCCUGCCCCCCACACACACAUACACAGAGGGGAUGCUGCUCUGCUGUCAAUCUGUCCAUUCGCACCUCGAUGGAAUCCCAUUUGUAGAAGGGCAAGCUAAUGCCCGACCUGCCGAUGGCAGUCAGGGACAGACUCUGAUUGACAGAUCCCAUGUGUAUGUCUGUGUGGCUCAUCGUACCCUGGCCCGAUCUCCAGCACUCGGCCGUGCAGCUCACCGAUCCAAUUCUCGACGGCAUCUGCACACAUACUUGGAUGGAUCGAUGAACGACACCAGUGGACGGACCUGUGGGGGGCGCUUGCCUAUGUGUCUAUCUGUGUGAGUACCGGUCUCACCUGGGUGUGUGAAGUUGUGUUUCGCCCUGACCUGCAGCCACGAGAACAGCUGCUGACUCCGGUGGCCAAACACACCAGGCUCUGCGCGCACACACCAACACAACAGACACGCUGAGGCGCAUCCGCGCAUGGAUCUGGCAGCGCUGCGAGAUGGUGUGUGUGUGUGUGUACCGAUUUCGACUGUUCCUCGCAGAUAGGCCACCCCUGCCGUCAACACCUGCAUAUGCAUGCUCCACACAGAUGCACACACAGCCAGAUCACUCGGCAGAGAGAUGCGUCCGAUCUUGUGUUGUCACGUCACGUACAGCAGCGAUGGCAGACAGGUCCCAGACGCAUGCACGUGCCGAACACAUCCCGCAAGGGAACGCUGG